AUGGCAGUGGUAACUGACAAGCCACAUCUGGUGGACUUGGCAUCGGCUUGCACAGAAGCUCCAACGCCUCAGAUCGAGGCCGCCUCGGAGCCCAGAGACGAGUCGGAGAAGCCUCCCGUCACAGAGUCGGAAGCAAGGCCCGGGCUUGUUUUGGGUAAGGAUAGCAAGAAGGAGAAAAAGGAGAAGAAAAAGGAGAAGAAGGACAAGGAAAAAAAAGAUAAGAAAGCAAAGAAAGAAAAAAAGUGCCAGCCUGAGCCAAGCACGGAAGUUCAAUCAAGAGAAGCCAAGAAACAGGCAACCCCGGAGGUUGCCCUCGUAGCAGCCCAACUUGACACCUCCAGCAACUCGAGCACCUCUGACAUUGAGCAGAUAACUGAAUUGCCGCCCUCGCAAGACCACAAGACGCGUUUGUGCAGCGCGUUCCUGGAGGGUAGAUGCCACAAAGGUAGUUCAUGUCCAGCUGCACACUCCCAAAGUGAGCUGAGAAAGCCUGGAGAGGCAGCUGAGGCUUUUCGAAGACAAGCUCGCCUUCGUGCCGUCAGAGACACUGAAGGCGCCAGCCAGCCUCAUCAGGUGGGGGCAUGGGCAGCUCGUGCAACACGCAUGGCGCCGCAGCGACCUGUCACGAUGGGCAUACCUCACAUCAUGGACCCAUUGUUGAUGGGACAUCCCGGGAUAAUGACACUUCCGCUUAUGUCGCCCGAGAUGAUGCAUGGGCCGCACUACCACCCCAUGGCCAUGAUGGUGGAUCCAGCUUUAAUGAUGCCCAAAGAGAAGCCUCCGAAAAAGAAGAAAGAACGCAAAGAGGAGAAGCAAAAGCGAAAGGACGAGAAGAUAUCGGAAGCAUCACUUGCAAAACCAAAGGAGAAGCGAGACAGCCAGACAGAGAAGUUGAAACGGAAGGACAAGAGCAAAGGCGCGGAGAAGGCGCCAGCCAGAAAAGAGCGGAAGGUAGACGAGGAGGAUUUGUAA